AUGGUGAAAUUGGAUAAAUUUGCUAUUGAAUUUAGUAACAUUGAAGGCGCUUAUUUUGCCGGUCAAGAAGUCUCAGGAAAGGUGAUAAUUGAGAAUAAGGAACCAAAAAAAGUCAGCGAAAUUUUAUUGGAAUUAAAGGGGCGCGCAAGAACCUAUUGGACUAAACAUUCAGGUCAGUCACGAAAACACUGCAGUUCAGCAGAGCCGUAUUUUUGUGAACAAUUUAAUACUUGUUAUACUCAUAAAUUUUCGAGAGCAUCAUUGGAUAUCAAAGAAGGUCGAAUUCUUCCUGAAGGUUACCACGAAAUUCCAUUUUCAUAUAUACUACCGAAGAAUUUGCCAACUUCUUUUGAAGGCGAAUUCGGUUUCAUUCGAUAUACGUGUAAAGCUACCUGUGAGCGACCAUGGGAUUUUGACAUUGUCUGCAAAAAAGCGUUUUCGGUUUUACAGCCAGCAAAAAUAUCAGAGUGCAAUUCUUUCGCUCGUUUUUGUUGUCGAAAUCAAGGAUCCAUAUUAGCUGAAAUGCAUUUAGAACGUACCGGUUUUACACCAGGCGAAUCGUUUUGUUUGAAUAUUGCAGUUCGAAAUGAUAGUUACAAAACACUAAAAGCUUGCAUAAAAUUCGUACAAACGGUUAAUUACAAAGCAAAAACAUUUGCCGGUGGCGAAUAUGUGAGAUCAGUUGAUAAAGUGGUAAUAAAAAAAGAUAUUAGCGAAAUAAAUGCACGAAAGUCUUUUAACUGGAAUGAAAGAACGAUUGUCAUACCGUCAGUUCCACCUGCACUUGGUACUUGCAAAAUUAUUUCUAUUUAUUAUUCGUUGCAACUUCAGGUAAAAUUUUCCAUUUUCAUCUACUAUAACUAA